AUGGACAGCUCGUGGGAUCGUGGUCUGGUCAAUGCUGGGCUGCUGAGCCAAGCCGUCCUGUUAGGAGCUACAGUCCUCGUCUUGACUGUUCUUCGACGCCUCUUCUUCUCCCCAAUCAACUCAAUUCCUGGGCCAUUCUUGGCAUCUAUCACACGACUUUGGCAUCUCAAGCAGGUUGCUAGUGGGAAGCAGAAUUUGAGGCUCAUAGAGCAGCAUGACAAGCAUGGGUGCUUCGUGCGGAUGGCACCCAACGAAGUCAGCGUCAGACAUCCAGAUGCUGUCAAGUCUUUACUUUUGACCACUCUCCCAAAAGGCGACUGGUACAAGAUCGUUGCGUUUCCAGAUUAUCGUUUCUUCACGCCUUUCAGUCUAUUGGACCCGAAGGACAAAAAUGAAUGCUCCAAGUACCUUUCGACAGGCUACCUGCAGCACAAUGUCAGCAAGUCUGAGCCAGCGAUGGAUACAAAUAUCUCAAAGCUCAUCGGCUGGAUGGAUAAGUUUGCUGAAGAAAAGAAGCCCAUGGAUUUGGACAAAUUUUUCACUUAUGUCUCCUUCGAUAUUACCGGUGACAUUGUCUUUUCCAAGCCCUUUGGCUUCAUUGACCAGGGAAAGGAUCUCAACAACUCCAUCGCCAUGAACACAGGAUUAGAAAUGUACAUUUCAUUCGUCGGAUACCUACAAUGGCUCCAUGUUAUAUUCGCAAACCCAUUCGUCACCUGGCUUGGCGUUUUGCCUAUGGGCCACCUGUUCGACACGACGAUGAAAGCCCUGAAGGAGCGACAGAAGAAUCCUGACGCCAGGCCCGACCUCGUCAGUCACUGGUUCAAGGGUCUCGAGAAGGCGAAGAAGGACAAAAGCCGGCUGUUUAACCAGCGCUGCCUCGAGUCUUUCGCCACCGCCAACGUCGGUGCGGGCUCUGACACCGUCUCCGCUGGACUGCAGAGCUUCGUAUACCACUUGUUACGUCUUCCGAGUGGGUGGCAGCGCGUGCGGGACGAGAUCCGCGAGGCUCAGAGGCAAGGCCGCUGUGGAGGAGAGGUCGUCUCCUUCAACGAUGCCGCUCAACUGCCAUACCUGCAGGCCAGUAUCAAAGAGGCCAUGCGAGUCCACUCACCGAUAUCAGCGCCAAAGGGAGGCGUCACAAUCGGCGGCACCCACUUCCCUCAAGGCGUGACUCUGACUGUGAAUCCUUCCGUGAUCCACACCUCCAAGGAGAUAUGGGGGCCGGAUGCGCGGGAGUUCAACCCAGACCGGUGGCUGCGGCCGGACGCCGCGGAGAAGGAGAAGUGCUUCAUUCCGUGGGGCGCCGGCUAUGCUUCGUGCCCAGGGCAGCAUGCGGCUCGCCUUCAACUAUCCAAGAUCGCUGCUACUGUCGUGCGAGAUUAUAACAUCAGGCAGGUUGAUCCAAAGGCAGAGUGGACGUGGGGUGCUUGGUUCACCUGCGUGCCACAUGAUUGGCCUGUAUACAUAGAAAAAUGUGUGGACUCUUAG